AUGUACACGCAAAUAUUCAAGAAUAUCCUCCUUGAGACGAAACACGAUAAACGAGCCAUCACAGAUUUAGCAAAGUAUUGUCACGGAUCCUUUCAAGACAACAUUGGAGAGAAAAUGGUCACCGAUGAAUUCGAACGUGAUUCACGUUGGACAAGGCUAUUUGGUAGUAUACACAUACAACUUCAGUUGACUGCUGUCGAUGGUCCGUCACUGCGUAUGCUUACAGAACGCAUUAAAGAUGAAAUUGGAAGUGGCACAAGAUUAAAACAUUUGAGUAAACUAUUGCUCACACUAGGACAGCUAGAGAAAGCCAAAGAAUUGUACGCUGUGUUACUGCUGAAACAAACUUUUGACGAGAAUGACAAAGCACAUUAUUAUCAUCAGCUUGGUUGCCGAGAAGUUACUCAAAAUGAUUAUCAGAUGACCAUAGAAUAUUAUGAAAAAGCAGUUGAAAUCAAAGAGAAAAGUCAUCCUCCAAAUCAUCCGAAUUUAGCCACUUCGUACAACAACAUCAAAGACUAUUCAAAAGCACUUACUUAUUUUGAACGUGCUCCAGACACUUGGCAACGUACACUACCUACGAAUCUCCCCCAUAUAGAACAUGUAAAACAAAGCAUUGAAAGUUGUAAAAGCGAAAUGGAGAAACAAAAGAGUACUGUUCCUUUUCUUUAUUGA